CUGCGCGGCUGAUAAGUUUUACCCCUCUUCCAAAAAAUCCUGGCUACGCUCGCGCUCCUCAUAUUAAUAGUAAAUUUAGCAAGCUCAAAUGGAAUUCGAAGUGGAAGGUUAGCCGAUACAGAGCUUUCAAAGGCUGAUCUGAAGGUUAUAUAUAAUGAAGUAUAUAAUGAAAGAGCUGAGUGGAAAUUUAUUGGCCUUGAGCUUAAUCUCACUUCGGGAGACAUUGAUGCUAUUGAACGGAGGCCGUCUCACAAUCGUGACAUUGACAAAGAUCGACUCAUGGAAGUUCUGCAAAUUUGGCUCAGUAAAGAGAGAGCAACAUGGAGACAACUGAUUAGGGCCCUUCGCUCUCAAACUGUUGACAAAGAAAAAAAAGCUCGGACACUGGAGGAAAAGUAUUGUCCACAAGAUGCACUCAAAACUGAGGAGGUAAAAGAGAGAACUGGAAGGAAACGAAAACGCAGUGUUGCCAUGGAGCAGCAGUUGAGUAGUGAUGUGAGAAUCAUUAGAAAUGAGUAUAAGGUCUUGCAAACAUGGACAAGAUUAUCACUAAAAAAUAGAAAGACGCCUCCUUCAGAGCUGAUUGCCCGUCUAUCAUCAUAUCGAGAGUAUCCUGCUGCAAUGAAGAAAGAUGAUAAGUUGCUUGCUGAUCGUUAUAAUGAUCUCGAGAAAGCUGAGAAUAUCGACAAAAUAUUUAUAAUUGUGGCACCGUUCUGGUCAUUCCUUGAUUUUGACAUUCUUGAGGACAUCAUCAACGCCUUUGGAAUAGAUGAAGAUAAACUUAAGUUGAAGAAUUAUAAGCUUAAGCUCAAAGAGAUUCUCAGUUCCUGGAAAGUUGAAUCACUUCAAAGUCGUUGUCUGCAUGUAGAUGCUGAUGAUAAUGAUGACAAGGGGUGUCAAAGAUUACUUUGCCUUAAAGUAGACACUCAUACAAUGUCUACUUACCGAUACGUAAAGGAUACCAUUGCAAAUAUUUUAGAAGUAGAUAUGUUUGCUUUGCGAGUGAAAACAGUUGAAGAGGGUUGUAUCAAAUUGGUUUUCUGCUGUCCUAAACUGUCCAUUAUACAUUUGCUUCCUCUAUCGCAAAGUCGCAACGAUCAGAUAAAACAAAUAAUUCCUCGGAUCCUUAAGAUGACGACAAUGGAUGAUAAGACAGCGCUGGAAUCAAUCAUUUUUCAGGGAUCAGAAAUUGAAUUGCUGCUGCAUAUUGUUGAUGGUGACUGUGGCUUGACUAUCCUUGUACAGCAUGGUCAAAAUCUAUUUGUUUAUGAUACGGGAUAUAGAACAACUAACCACAGCAACUGCCUGGAAAAGGCACUCCAGGAGCUAAUUGAAUUCCGGUCCGUUACUGUUAGUGGGGCUUUCUUUUCAACUUCACAGCCUAACCUCAAAUCCAUCUUCAAAAACAAAGUUAUUGAGGAGAUAUCAGUUAUUACCCCUGCAAACAUUAAUCCUAGUUCAUGCCUCGAGAGUACAUUUAGUUCAGAAUUGAGUCGACUCCCACUAGAUCAUCCUGACGUCUUAUUUGAAGAGUGUGACCUUCUUUCUGGACCGAGUCUUUCUUUCCAAUUCAAUAGGAAACAUCCCUUAGUAAAACAUCGGGUAUCGUAUCAAACAGACACGGGUGACAAGGAGGGAGUGUCCGACACAAUAGAUGUGGACAGGAGUGGAAAUGAUAUAGCAAUGCAGAUCAAACACUAUUGCUCUGUUCUUGUCACCGGUGAAACACCGAUAGCUAAACUUCACAAUCUAGAUGAAGAGUUUUUCAGUGUUUUCGUAGUUCCGCAUCAAGACAGUGACCAGUGUGUAUCAUUCUUUCCUGAAGAAGCACGGAAGUUACUAUGGAACCCCAGUUCUCUGCAAGAUUCAGCUCUACACCUAGCCAUUUAUCAUAAAAGAAAUAGAUUUAUCCCAAUAUUAGGCGAACUCAAAAAUAAACACCUUGGUGAUAAGGGAGAAUCCUUUCGUAAAGACUAUCUAACUAUAUGUCAUCCUGAAACUGACCUAAAGGCAAUCUUACAAGAUGCAGACGCCAAACUUAGUCUAUUUUCAGAGUACAGUGACAAGUUCUAUUUAAAUUGGUACAAAAAAAACAAACCUGGGAUUUUUUUACAGGUAGCAAAGUCUGUUUCAGAAGAGGAGCGUAGACAGUACAAACGAAUAGUUUUUCUUCGAAACAGCCUUGCAUGGGCCCAUUUUUACAAGCAUGUGAAUGCCGAGGUAUAUUUGUUGUCUGGUGAGGAUCUUAGGCAAGGUCAUCAAUUGGAAGUUCUUAACGGUAUUCUCAUAGCCAGAUUUUGGAAAAAAGCUCCUUGUUCAGUGGUUAUCACUGACAGCUUGCCAUUGCCAAUGGAUGAAAUCAUCCAGAGAGAUGUGCGAAAGCUUGUCUUUCCCAAUCAAACUCAGCAUAAUGUACGUAUGGGAUUCAUUGAAAAACGUUUGAUGAGGUCUACUCCUUUCUUCACUAUCAAUCCAUGCUCCCAUGUCCAACAUUAUGAAUCAGAAUACUGUGACUACACCAUUUCUGUCGACCCCUUGGCUCACAUAGUGAGUGGUGUCGGCGUUGAACCAACGAUAAACCUUGUUAGAGAUGCGAUAGACAUUUGUGAUGACAUCAGCACCCAAAAAUCCAAUGAGAUGGUAGGCCAUAUCACUUAUAGCUACAAACCUCCACCAUCAAGUGCAGCUUCAAGUGGGCAUAUUAAUCGUCAACCCUUGGGUACAUACAUGAAUGGUAUUGGUUACAAAAAGAAGCAUUCUUAUAAUAUGACUAAAGUCUUAAACUGCCUCAUUGGCCCUACAUUAGUUCAGCAACUCAGGAAAAUUCGUUUGAAAGAAGUACCUGAACUUAUUCCAGCCUUGCUUACUCAAACGGCAGCUGGUAACUCAACGUUUGCUUUAUCUCCCACUGAAUUUUCUGCCUCUGAUGCGGAUGUUGUGGUUCAUAUUAAUAAGCGCCAGCCACUACAAGUUGGAAAUAAGGCAGUGUAUGAAGCAAAAUUUAUUGUGAAAAAAGCUAAGACAAUGCAACUGGAGUUUGUGUUAGUAGCUAAAGUCAAUUCCAAAGAGUUGAAAAUUAUCAUUUCUACAAACUUAGAACUGAAGGGAACCUGUGGAACCUCUGUAGGUGAUUACCUUUAUAACACUUGCUAUAAAGAAGAUGCAUGGCAUCAUGUAAAGGAUCGCACAGUUGGUGAAAUCCUCUAUGUCUUUUUACGCGAAGAAAACGCUAUCUCAGCAAUUCAGUCUCUACCACUGUUCCUCUCGUCCCCCCUGAUUAAGUGCAAGAUAAACCACUAUCUAACCACAGUUCUUGUCGAGUCACAGGUGCUGCAAGAGGCUCAUAUAUAUGUGAACUUGUUUGAGCUUGAACCAGUCUCUAUCAACAACCACAAGCUUUGCAUUAAGAUAGAAUCACUAGCCAUGCAUAUUUUAAAGCUUGACAUAGAUCAACAAAUGAUCAAAGUCGAAGGAAAUUGCAGUUUAAACAAACACCUCCUGAAAUUCACUUGCUAUAGUACGCCAGCUACAGACUCACAAAAGCAUCUGAAAUGUGUUUUUGUUGAAACCAUGCCAGCGAAGGAGAUGUUUGAACUGUUUGGAAUCCGUGAUUCUCCCUCUUCCCUGCAACAUCCUUCACAUGUAACUGCUCUGAAUAAUCACACCAAAUACAGUGGAGGCUUUGUACUGUCUCAGAUUUUCGGGAACACAAUCGAGUCACGGCUCACUUCAUUGUUUUUUUAUGUUAAAUCCGGAACAAGCAUUGAAAGCGUACUGCCACCCACGUGUACCCUAAGUAUUCCUAUGGAGGUUGAAGUAAAGACAAUUGUACAUUUCCCAUCAGCAAAAACUCCAAUAUUAGGGCUUGAAGCUGUGUUCAAUUCAGAAAUUGAUAUAGCUAUUUUUACUGCUGCAAAAACAUGUAAAACCUUGUUAAAAUGCUGUUUACAUAUCGUACCAUCAAUUGCGGAUGGAACUUACUCUUCAGAGUUAGUGGUUAGACAGCGUGUCAGUGAACGUGAUCCACAAGAAAUCUGUGGCUUUUCAGUUCUAGCAAUUGUGUCAGCUCUUGAUAGUGAUCUGGGAAAGAAUAUUGAAGACCAGAUCAAGGCGAUUCCCAAAAUUGGUGACCAGGUUUGCAAAACCUUGGCACUCAGAAAGAUUGUAUUUAAGCUAUCGAAUCGGCAAAUAAUACUUUGUGAGGUACAUGGUUCUCUAAGUAAACUUGAUAUCAUAGAUGGAACGCUAUCUAUUGAUAAGUGUACAAUAAACCUAUCAUUUUCAAGUGAAGGAUUGUGUAUAGUUUGCAGUGGGAAUAUAAAGCUAAUCAAGCAAUACGUUUACUCAGUUCCUCGGUUUAGUUUUCCAACACUCAAGCAAAAAGGAAAAUUGAGCUUUGAAACUUACGAUAGUAACUUGAUCUUCAAAGAUUUCAUGAAGGAAUUUGGCUGGCUUACUCCAAGUGUCACAAAAAACCUGGUUCUGGAUAAGAUUCUGGACACUCCUAUCAGAAAAGUAAUUUUGUGCUUUUAUUUUACUGACAAACUUUGCAUUACAGAUGCCAGUAUUAGUGUCUUCAAGAAACAAAUAGAUGUUGGACUGAUCGAAUUAGAUGGUGUUGACCUAGAAGUCAUUGUAAAGCUUGUGGAGGAUAAGUACAUCACCACAUUUUCUCUUCAAGGUUUUAUUUCUGAAGCUCUUUAUACUAAACUAGACUAUGAUCCCACCAAUAAACUUCUGUCAGGACAAGUAAAAGUGAUAUUUGCUAGGACUGUUCAAGCUCUCAGUGUGCUACAACUAUUUUCAACGUCUAUAGAUUCGUAUCAGAACAUGAAGAAGGCUCUUUCAGAGGAAUUCAUGGAUAUAUUGUCAUCAGACUUAAGAAUCACUGCAAGAAACCAUGAGAAACCAGGGCUUACAGCUUCUCUUGGUGUCAGUAUUAGUCUACCUUCUAAGCAUUUAAGAGAAUACUCGCUUCGAUAUCUCAAUUUAGAGACAAAAGACGCACUGAAAAUUAAUUGUGAAAGCACGUAUGUCCUGAACAAUUUUCAUUUUGAGUACACUGAGGAGCUAACAAGUAAAGAUUCUCCUUCAGAUGCUCAUCUUUCUAUGACACUCCACAAGCUCAAUACCGAGGAGAAUAUGUCUUUGUAUUUUAAUUUCUCGGAAAAAAUUUACUUGACAGCAAAAGUGGCUGCUGGACCUUGCGGCGGCCUCUUAAAAUUAUGUUCUGCUAUUGACUUUGCCCAAGCCCCUACUCCAGAGUUUCCUGAGUUUGAUGUGAGAUUACCUGCUGUAUUUGAAAUUGAAUUAAUGUCUGGCUUAAUUACAUUCAGAAAACAGCCCAGUUUUCAGCCUGCUGCAUUUAAUAUUAACAUCUUGAUUAAGGAAUGGCUAUUGUUUGCCGAACCAGAAGUUUUAGUGCACGAUAUCAGUCUGAAGGCAACAUGGGAAUCUGGUAGUCGCUCCCAACUCAGUUUCACAGACUGUUCUUUGAUAUUUCUUAGUCAUAAAUUCAUCCUCAGUGGCAGUCUAACAACUAAAGAUGUCUUUAUUAAAGGACAUUGCACUGCAGAUUCUGAAACACAGUCCCCAACUCAACUUCAGCACAUACUAGAUAGGUACACUCCUUUGUCCGCAAAAAAACCCUUUGUUCCAACUAACAUUGAUUUGCCUCCCAUGCUGGUUGAACUUAAGAAGUUAAUUAUUCAUAUUCAAGAACCAAGUGAACAGUUUUGUAUGAUUAUGGUAGUGAUGAGUCCUUCUUGGAAACUGCAGUUUGGCCCUUAUGAAAUCCCUGUUUGUGAUCUCAGUGGAACUUUAGAGUGGGAAAAAUUGGAUACUAGGACAAACUACAAAGCCUACAUUGAUGGUAUUGCUGAGCUGUUUAGUAUUCAAGUUGAUGUAAAAAUGCUGCUUGAGGAGGAAGACAAGGACUCCAUAGUUUUCUCUACAGUCGAGUAUCCACACUGCCUUCAUUACAGUCAAGCCAUUGACCAUUUACUGGGCAUCAAAGAUUCAGCUGAAAUAAUUCCAUACAACCAAUAUGAUCCCAGUACCUCAGGCCUGUCAGAGUUGGUUCCCUCUACAAUGCAGAGCAUAUGUUUCACAGAAGCUAAAGUUGCCUUUAAUCUCGUACAAAAACAGUUCUUUAUCAGCAGUAAAGUGGAGGGAUGGGGAACUGGGUCCAUUUUCAUGGGCUAUCUUAUCAGUGACACGGACUCUAUAGACUAUGUCGCUAGUUUGUCCCUUGAGAGUGACGUCUCAUUUGGCAGGUUAUCUGAAUCUUUAACUUUUGUUGACGAAUUGGUAAAGUUGCAAACAGCAAACGCACUUGUUUCUUCUGCUGAAUUUGGCCAUUUAUCAGACAUUACCACCAAAUUCCACCAUUCGUUUUCUAGGUCUUGGGUCAAAGAGCUCCUUCUUCAGUUGCCUUUCUAUGAAUCCAAGCUUGAAUGUGAAUUAAAACUAGCAGAGUAUGAAGUUCAGGUUGGGACAACGAUCUAUGCAAGCAUUGAUAUUAACCUGUCACAAGGAAUCAUUACCAGAUUGUUACAGCUUGGAGAUACAUCAGUGCCACAUAGCCUUUCAAUUGUGACAUUUAUUGGUCAAUCAACAACUAAAACAGAUAUCAAUAUCAAUGCUUGGAUUCCUAGAAUUUUACUGUUUGGAAUGCUCGAAUUCUCUGAUAUUCAUUUGCUGUAUAGAGUUAAGGCUGCCACUAAGUUUGAGCUCACAGGGGCAGUUGCUCUUAAUGUUAACCUUGAUGACACUGACGAUCAGAUAUUUAAAUUUGAUGGUACACUUUCUGUUAAUCCUGAUCAUGCUGAAUUCAGUACUGUGAGCUAUGGCAAUUCCUUAUCUCACCCCUGUCGAAUCAAUGUUGUGGCAAAAGAACUACAUCUUGCACUCAAACUGUACCUAAAUAAAGGAUACCCGAAUUUGUAUGUGAGAGGGAAGGUGGAAAUUGCCGAAACGAAGCUCACCUGUAUAUUCAUUUUUGUUGGUAUUGUUUUCAAAGUGUUCAAAAUUUCCUUGAAACAAGGUCUAAAACUCUCUGCUCUACUCAGCUGCUGCUCCAUUGAAUGGCCUCUUAGCCUAGAUAUUGUCCUAAAAAAAGGAAAGUUCUACUAUGCUGCUUCACAAAUCACUUUAGAUGAAGAUGGAGUAACAUCUGCUUAUGAGCGUGGUUACCGUAUAGAAGCGACUGUCACAUUUUUCAAACUUGAUUUUGAAAUACAAAAUGGUAUUGUAAUGUUUGAUGAACACAAUGUUAUUUUUGAUGCAAGGGCCAAAAGAACAAUUAAUCUUGAUUUUGCAAAACUAACCGGGGAACAAGAGGAUCACCUUGAAAGUGAAGAAAUUAAACGAAAGUAUGAAGUUGAACACAGACAUAAGGGUCCCCUUUUAUCAUAUAAACAGAAAACCCUUGUCUUAACUCACGGAUUAGAAAUUCUUGAUAUUCCUUGCUGCGAUGGUCAAUUAAAGUGUAUGCCUGGAAGUGGGACAAUGAAAGGUGAAAUCAAAUGCCCGAAAUUUCUUUGGAUUAGUGAACCUUUGAUUCAGCUAGAAUGGAGCCAAAGCAAUGGGUUACAUAUACUAGAGUUACAACUUAAUGGAGAUGUCCCAGGGUUUUCUUUGCUUAAAUCAAUUGAAGAUGUUGCUAAAGUCACUGCAAACAGUCUUUCAGGUAAGUUGUUAUGGAAUUGGAAGCUCUGCUUGAAAACGUGUAAUUACAACAAGCAAGAAGAAUGUCUAGUUCGUUUCAUCCUAUCUGGCGUUAUCAAGAUCUCUAUCAUAGGGUUGCUCGAAGAAAUAACAUUUAAUGUGCCAGAUAUGUUCAUCUCCUUGCCCAGGAUUUCAAUCGAAGGCUUCCCUAUGUCAUACUUACUUGGUCAGUAUAUCUUAAAAGCUUUGAAGAAUAACAGUGGCCACUUUAUUGAACCAUUACUGGCUUUAAUUGACGAAGCAAAGCAUUUUUCCAAGUCAUUUACAUCGAUACGGGAGAGUAUUAAGGGGACAAAUGAGAUAUUGGACAUUGUAACGAAAAAAGUAGACACAGUUUCAACAGACGAUACUGAAACAGACAAUACGCAAAAAGGCGCUUUUGGGAAUAACAAGGUUUGGAGAGGAAUGUGGAGUGUCCCUGGUGGCUCAGUAUUUAUUGUGGAUUUUGUAAAUAGAAUUGUACUUGGUUAUAUUCCUGGAGGAACAGCAGGAAACUCCAAAACUAAGGCAGAAAAGUCUACGCCAGAGCAAUACAUUAUAGAGGAAUUCGGACCCAUUGUGACAGUUAAUGCAAUUAGUAGUAUGGCACAUGAGAUUCACAAGUAUCUCAAGUCUUGUGUUGAUGCUCAAGAAUAUAAAACUGAAGAACAACAAGAGGCGAGUGAUGUCAAGCAGAAAAUAGAGAAUGAUUUGGCAGUGCUAAAAUCGAAAGCGAAUACUCUUUCAAAGACUCUGACCAUUGUAGCUGACAAUGUAUUGACUGUGACAGAUGUUUACUUGAGUGUCAUUGUGAAAGCUCAAAACAAAUGUGCUAUCGUAAUGACGUGGUUUACUUACAACCCUGAAGAAGGUACCUUUUAUACCAAAGACAAAGGAGGCAUUGAGUAUGAUGUGGAGAUUUCUGCCAUUACCAUCCAACCUCGUACCUCUCAAGUUGUUCUUCUACGCAAUGACACCUUCACUCUUAAAGAUGUAAAGCAUAUGACAAAAAAAUCGUCUUAUAGUAUGCUUCAAUCAGGCAUGGAACACUUUACUGAACAAAGUAAGGAUUCAGACGCUGCUAGCAAGCAAAAACAGAGUACUAGGUCCAAGCCAGAGAAAUGCAUACAACUAGUGAUUCCUAUUAAGCCCAAAGUUUUGGAGCAAACAGUGUGCUUUAAUGUUGGCAUUCAACCAAAAGUAAAAUUUAAAGUGAAGAUGUUACAACCUGAUAAAAUAGUUCAAAAUGCUUUUAAAAAAGAUGAACUGUUUAGUAAUACAUGGAUGAAGGACACUAAGAAGCAAAUUGAGGCAAGUGGUCGAUUAACAGAUGUUACGAUUGAAGGAAAAAAGGUGUCUAAGCAACAUAUAAUCAACAAAGAUUCUGAGUCUGAAGUAGUUACAUUUACAGCUAAAUGUGACCACAAGAAGGAGAGCUUAAAAGUUUCAGGUACUUUAAAUCCAGUACAUAGCGCAGCAUCGUAUAUAGUACAAUUAGUGGAUGAAACUGACUCAACAGUCAUUGUCAAGCAGAGUCGCGUGUUUCCUCCCCAACUAAAGUACCAACUUGAACCAUCGAGCACUCACUUUCCAGAAACUUCCUCUGGUCCAUACUGUGUUUCUGCUCUUGCUCUUAGUGAUAAGCACAAAGCAUUAUCUCCUUUCACAGUCUCAGAAUUGAGGAUAGUCCGGCAUGAUCCACCUGAAAUUCUGACUGUUACACUACCCAAAUUGGAUUUGUUCGAUACAGAAGUUGUCCUGUUGAAAUGGUUGUAUCCAUCAUCAGAGGUAAGUCUUAUAGAUGGAUCUCAGUUAAUAUUUCCGGAGCCUGGAAAUCAGUAUUUCUUCACCGUCACCAUAGUUGGCUUUGCGGUAAAGCCGCGAAAACUGAACGAAGAGGUUAAAAAUCUUGACAAACGUAAAAAAGAGUUUACAUUCUCUGAAAAGGUGAAUUUAUGUAAGGAUACUCGAUGGGUUAAAUAUCAAUUUAACUUAGUCGAUAUCCUUAAAAAGUAUAGCCCCAAACUAAAAGGUGGACUUAUAUUUCAAUGCCAAAUAGUAGCUAAUGGUAUUUCAAAACUUCAAAGUAUGCCAAAGUCUUUCCCGGAGUUUAUCUUGCUUGCACCUCCAAAAUACUUGAAAGUUUUGACUCGUACACAAAAAGCUGGACUUCAUAUUAGCUGGGAAUAUGGUGCUCAUGCUAUUGGCUACAGAUUAGAGUUAGUAACUACAAAGUCUCAAAAGUUGGAGUUCUCUAAAGUGCUGAAAUGUAGAGCUGGAAGGAAUGGUCAAACUGUUCUCUACAAAAAUGAUUUCAUGAAUGUUCCUACUAGUGUUGAUAAUGGUUACCAGUUGCAAAUGUAUUCUCUUGGAUUGGGUCAAGACCUCAUUCGGUGCCUAAAACCCACCAUUGCAGAAGGAUAUACAUUACAUGUAAUGUCAGCAGAGCUUCAUUACUUGCAGGAGUUGAACAAAGUGCGAGUUACAUUUAAGCCAUUGAAUACUAGCACAGCUCGGUUAUACACUGUAGAAUUAUACCAAGGCUUAAAUGUUACGGAUGAGCUAUGUGCUCUGUCAAUUGAAAAAGUCGAGGCUAAAAAGGGCUUUAAUAAUGAAAUUUCUUCAGAUUUUGCUCUCAGCAAGUUUCAUCAAAAGCUGCAUUCAGGAAGUCUGAUCACAGCUUGGAUUCAUUGCACGAUUAAACCUUUUGGUAGAAAGACUCACAUAUACGUUGGAUUACCACAAGAAGAGAUACUUGUGUUACACUCCCCAAAGCUUAAAGCUUCAUUUACCUACCACUCUGAUGGUUCUAUACAUGAAAUGAAGCUUGUCUGGUCAGAUGUACCAGGGUCUCAUGGAUAUGAGUAUGGGCUUUGUCUCCUAAAUGUAAAUGAUAGCAUUAUCUUAAAGCAAGAAACAGAUGCCAUUAAAGUUGUCAUUGACUUUGCCCAGGAAAGGUACAGAUGCAUACUAGAACAGCUUUUGCGUAAAAGCAAUGGUUCUUGUCCACAAUUUCGAGGUUACGUAUCAGCUCUUGGACAACCUGACCAAUUAGUAGUAGGAGCUGUUACCAUAGAUGUGCAAAUGAUUAACUACAUAAUUCCUUCUUCGGGAAGGUGUAUUGUCUUCACAACAACUCAACUACAGAAAAUGUGGACCUGGUACACUACCCAUCCUGUUGAUCAUGUUUUUUCCUUACCCAUAUUACGACAACAGUAUCUUAUGUAUCCUAGUGGAAACCCGUUUCCAAAGAUUCCAAUCCCGUCAAAGCUCAACGAAAAGUUUUGGAGAAGAGGAUACCAGCUGUUCCAAAAUGAAUCGGAUUGUCUCUAUGCACGAGAUGUCUUAAUGGUGAAUGGUCUAACGACAUCCAAAAAGUCUCUAAUGGAGUGGAAGAAAAUUGACCCAUUUGCAAAGCCAUUUGGAACUGUUACCCGAAAAAAGAUUGAAUACAAAAAGGACAAUCUUGAAUGCUUUGGUGUUAGUGAAUUACGUAUUUUACUAUAUACAAGAUGCUCUGGGAAGUUAUCUACUGGGAAAAAAACUCCAGGAAAAAUUGAAAUUGAAAUCAAAAUUGAGAAGACAAAAGGCAAGAAAACACCAGAUGUUGCCACUCCCUCUGCUGCAAGUACAGCCAGUAUUUCUCAGUUCGGCUCCACCACUGAUUCAAACACUUCUACUUUGCCUUCUGUGACAAUCAGGGAUCGUGAGGUUCCUGAGCUACCAUCUACAGCAGAUGCAGAACUUAUUUUUGAGACGGUUGAAAGUAGUGCUAAUGACAUAGAUGAAACUGAAAAAAAGGCUGAUGAUUCGAAAGAAGCUAAAGAACCUUAUAUCAAAGAUGGAGACAGUGAAAGUCCCUACGGACAAUUGGGAGAACGUCGUACGGAUGAGCCGGCAUCCACCUCUGAGGAAAGCGGGGCACCUGUAGGUUUUGUGAGGAGUAUGACUAAAAAAUUUACAGGAGCCGCAAAAAAACUUUUCUCAGAAGCCAAAGGAUACUUGUUUAACAGUGAACAACUACAAGAAGUGGUGACAAAGAAAAGAACAAUUGAUUUGCCACACAGAGGAUGUCCAAAAACAUACUGCCACUUAAUUCAAUACACACCAACGGCCACCAAUGCACUGGUACUCAACUCUUCAUCACGACUUCAUAUUUCACUUUCAAUUAAGCAAAGUGGAGGAGCAUGUGCUGAGGACACUCACCUCUUUGUCAGGUUUGCUGGCUAUACCUAUAGUAUGAAGAAAUUGCCAACAAAAGUAAAACUCUAACCUUCCUGUCA